AUGCAGCACCCUUAUGAACAAUCAAGUUCCAAGCAGGCUCCUACUUCAAAUGGUAAACCCUUUCCUUUAUCUCAGUGUUUAUCUUAUCAUCAAUUUAACCCUGCUUUUCAAGCAUUCACCACUUCCAUUUCCUUGCAUACUGAGCUUCACUCUUACAAACAGGCCAUUAAGGACCGUGCUUGGUGUAGAGCUAUGGAAGCUGAAAUUGCAGCUUUGGAAACAAACCACACUUGGAUACUUACUGAUCUACCAGCAGGUAAAAGACCAAUUGAUUGUAAGUAUGUUUACAAGGUAAAAUUCAAUUCUGAUGGAACUUUGGAAAGGUUGAAAGCUAGGUUAGUAGCUAAAGGCUACACUCAAGUAGAAGGUGUAGAUGAUGUUGAUACCUUCUCACAUGUAGCUAAGUUGGUAACAAUCAGAUUUUUACUUAGCGUGGCAGCCAUUAAAGGCUGGUUUUUAUAUCAUUUCGAUGUAAACAAUACUUUUUUGAAUGGUGAUCUAACCAAGGAGAUUUACAUGAAAAAACCACCUAGAUACACCAAGGGUGAACCUCACCAAAUGUGCAAACUUCUUAAGAGUCUUUAUGGCCUUAAGCAAGCUUCGAGACAGUGGAAUUCUAAGUUGACAUCCUCUCUUCUUGCUUUUGGAUUUGUUGAAUCCAAAUCUGAUUAUAGUUACCAAACAAGAAGGAGAUUCCUACAUUGCCAUCUUAGUUUAUGUUGA